AUGGUUUUAAACAGGAUAAUCACAAAGUUCUUUCAGUUGGAUGAGAAAAGAGCCCUUCAGGUAGACUUCCAUCCAAUAGGUUCUAACAUCAAACCAGGCCCAAAGAAGUGGUUACAAAAUGAUACAUUGUUGGAAAUACAAAAUCUAUUGCAUGAUUUAAUAAAGCAGUUUGUGAGUGACAUAGGAAAGUCGGAGAAGAAAUCUAAAAGAUCCAAUCAGAUUAUAACAGGAAACACUGUGCUAUUAGGAUGUGUGUUCAGACAGAGGUCUAAUGCCAAUGAUCUUCUGAUAGAAGAAGGCAGUGACGAUGAAUCUGUGUUCCGAUCGUUAUACGGACAGAAGUUGAUAGUGUAUGUGUGUCCUAACGAACAAGGCAGUCCCAGCAGUGGAUCCGAGCUGUACAAAGUGAUGGCGCGUGGAGACAGUAGUGGUAAGAUAGUGAAGAUCAGCACUUACUUCAGUAAAACUGGUGGGAGUGGCACUCUUGGCAGUGGUCUUGCUACUGGAGCCACUUCCUCCUCUACGUCCUCUUCCUCCACAUCCCACAACCAGAAAGAUGUCAUAAAAAACAUAAUAAAACGUGGUAAAAUGUCAAAACACAAAAAGAAAAUGAAGUCAGUGGACAGAAGGAAAGAGGAACGGUCGAAACUCAAACAGCAGGAACUGAUAACAUCAGAUACUUCUCACCACAAACAGCCGGAACUGAUAACAGCAGAUACUUCUCACCACAAACAGCCGGAACUCACAACAUCAGAUACUUCUCACCACAAACAGCCUGAACUCACAACAUCAGAUACUUCUCACCACAAACAGCCGGAACUCACAACAUCAGAUACUUCUCACCACAAACAGCCAGAACUCACAACAUCAGAUACUUCUCACCACAAACAGCUGGAACUCACAACGUCAGAUACUUCUCACCACAAACAGCCUGAACUCACAACGUCAGAUACUUCUCACCACAAACAGUCGGAACUCUUAACAUCAGAUACUUCUCACCACAAACAGCCUGAACUCACAACGUCAGAUACUUCUCACCACAAACAGCCUGAACUCACAACGUCAGCAGAGACGAGAGAAGCAUCCUCAGGACUCCUGAUAACUUCUUCUUGUUCUGGUGGUACUAUUACACAUUGUGAUGUGUCUUCAUCUUCUACCAAUGAACCUUCUCUUACUGCGGACAGUGCUGAACAGAUACAAGAGCUCAAUUUAACAGUGAUACCAUGUAACUCCUUCUCUAAUACCUCCGUCCUAGUGAAGAGGACUGAACCUUUGGUAACUACCUCCAAUCCCUCAGAUGAAGAUCCUGGACAGGAUGACGACUCCAAUGACAGUAUAUUACCCUCCUGUAGUUUCAUACAACAGAAAAGUGAGGAGUAUAAUAGUGACAAGAUGUCAGACAGUGAUGGUGAUCAGUUUAGUCCUACACAUCCAGACUUUGAUAACCUUAGAUUCAUUGUCAGUGAUUUGGACUCUGCCAGUGAUGAUAAUCUGCCAUUAUUGUCCAGUACAUGGAGAAGAAAAUCACCGUGUAAGGUGUUUAAGGGGCUGGAUACUGAAGACAUACUAGACAUACCUGUGAUAGAUUCAGAUAGUGAGGACUGUCUCAUAGCUUUGAAGCGACGAAUGAGUAGAAAAAGAGUUCUACCAAAGUUCCCAGAAGAAGAUAUAUCUGAUGAAGAAGUCCCACAUAAAAAACAAAAGUAUAUUACUGGAGGAAAAUCUUCAAAACCAGAAAAGGAAUUAUUUCACCCUGAAACAACAAAUACUUUUAAAUCAUCAUCAGUUAUAGAAUUACCCUCUUUGUCAUGUAGUAGAAGGAGGUCUCCACAGAAACUAAAACAGACUACACUGGAAUUAAAUGGUGGGAGUCUGUCCAUCACCAAGUCACAUGAUCCCCAGCCUUCUCUAUCUCAACAGGAGGCGGAGCAAUGUAUGAUGAUUUAUGAUGAAGGAUUGAAACAUUUACGAUCUGACCUCAAACAGGAAAUAAUACAUGCAGAAAGCGUAAAGGAUUUAAAUGAACAGCACAUGUGGUUCCUUGUCCAAGACAAUAAGAAAUACCUGAGAAACAUCUUUGAGGGGAAGAUUCCUUGUGAAAGACACAAGCAGUUCAAGCAAGGUGGCAGAGCUAGAUUCCGUCUCAACUACCAAGUUUAUCUGAGUCUCUUCACAGAUGAACAACAGGACAUUGUCAUGGAAGCAUUGAUGUCAAUAUUUUGUAAAAAGGAUCAUGGGUUUCUUGAUUAUGUGAUGAAAGUGAUGUUGCCAGAGAUGCUCAUCAAAAUAUACAUGAAUGUCACAGGUUUGAAUCAUGACGAGGUAGACGGCAUCAUGGCUAGAGGAGGUGACAGAUUUGAAUCAUGA